UGCUGCUGCGCCGGGCGCCGCGCUCCGCCGGGCGCUGUUUGCUUGUCCACCCCGUAGCUCGCUGUACCCCGCAGGUCCUCCCCAGGCCUCCUUUUUUUGCAACUUGCCAAGCUUCCUUUUUUCUGGAUCGAGUACAAAUCAGUCCAGCACCGAGCACCGGGCCCCCUUCCCUGGGCCGGUUGCCCCAAGGCUUGGGGCGCGCAGGGGGCGGGGGCCGCUGCUCGUCCCCGUCCCCCCCCCUCCCCGCAACUCGGGCCACCGCGGAUGAUCCGCUGUGGAGGAGCCCUGGGCAGACGAUGGAACUGCACAUUCUGGAACACCGGCUGCAAGUUGCCAGCGUCGCCAAGGAGAGUAUCCCGCUCUUCACCUACGGCCUCAUCAAACUUGCCUUCCUGUCUUCUAAGACCAGGUGCAAGUUUUUCAGUUUGACAGAGACCCCUGAGGACUACACCAUCAUCGUGGAUGAGGAAGGUUUCCUUGAGCUGCCCUCUUCCGAGCACCUGAGCGUGGCUGAUGCCACCUGGCUGGCCCUGAAUGUAGUGUCUGGCGGCGGCAGCUUCUCCAGCUCCCAGCCCAUUGGUGUGACAAAGAUCGCCAAGUCUGUCAUCGCCCCGCUGGCUGACCAGAACAUCUCCGUGUUUAUGUUGUCCACCUAUCAGACUGACUUCAUCCUGGUGCGUGAGCGUGACCUGCCCUUCGUCACUCACACCUUGUCCUCGGAGUUCACCAUUCUUCGAGUUGUCAAUGGAGAAACGGUAGCGGCCGAGAAUCUCAGUAUCACCAAUGGCUUUGUGAAGCCCAAGAUGGUGAAGAGGCCAGUCAUCCACCCGUUAUCCAGCCCAAGCAACAGGUUCUGUGUCACCAGCCUGGACCCCGACACACUGCCCGCCGUCGCCACGCUUCUCAUGGAUGUGAUGUUCUACUCCAAUGGAGUGAAGGACCCCAUGGCUGCCAGUGACGACUGUGGCCACAUCCGCUUCUUCUCCUUCUCCCUCAUUGAGGGCUACAUCUCACUGGUGAUGGAUGUACAAACCCAGCAGAGGUUCCCGAGUCAUUUGCUGUUCACGAGUGCAUCUGGAGAGCUCUGGAAGAUGGUGCGGAUAGGAGGACAGCCCCUUGGAUUUGAUGAGUGUGGAAUUGUAGCCCAGAUCUCUGAGCCUUUGGCAGCUGCAGACAUCCCCGCAUACUACAUCAGUACUUUCAAGUUCGACCAUGCACUGGUUCCAGAAGAGAAUAUCAGUGGGGUUAUCCAUGCCCUGAAGGUCAGUCAAGGAGGGAAGCAUUAGGAAAGGCUCAUCUCUGGGCUCCUCCUAGCUGCAGUCCACUUGGCCCUUCCCCCCACGAAGGUUCUUCUUGCAGUAUUUCCGUACAGACUGAAAGAUUGGCCCUGGGACCCUACGGAAAGGGCGUCUGGGACACACCCCCGGUUCCUGACUCUUCCAGGCCUGGACCCAAACCAAGGCCACCCCCACAUCCACCUCCAGCCUUCCAGAAUCCCCAGCCUUUUCAAUAAUGACUCGGUUUCCCCCCAGUGGGGGCGUGCCCAUCUUCCUUCACCAAGUUCCACCCCAGAAUGUGGUCUCUGAGGCCCAGGGGCCUUGGAGAGAGCCCAAGGCCUCACAUACACCCCCCAGCAAACACCAAAGGAAGCUGGCACCGCCCACAAGAUGUUGGGAUUGGGGUCCUGAUGCAGCAAGGGACAUCUUAGGAAGUCGGUGCCGCAAGAGUGGGUGUACAGAGCUGAGGAAGCCCCCGUGAGGAACCCCUCAGGAAGAAUGGUAUGGUUGCUGCUCUAAUCUCAGAGGCUCAGGGGCUGGUUCCCUCAGGAUGGAGGCCAGCAGGCCAUCCUCAGGUCGUAAUGGUCAGUGACCCUAGACCCCACCUGCUGACCACGCGGGGCCUGUGUCGAUUCCCACUACGACUGCCAAGAGGGGUCCUGGACCAACCAAGACCUCCCCUGGAGGACAGAAUCCCAGGACCCCUCCUUUCCCACCAGCCUAGAGCACCAGCUUCUAUCUGUCCCCUGUUCGCUCUCCCUGGACCCAACCUGGGCAAGCAAAGACUCCAUUCGCUCCCAGCCAUGGACAUCCCCACCAACCCAGGCCUAGAGUGCCUUGGGCCGUGUCCACCUCCCCAGCUGUCACUUAAACCAGCCUGGAGUUUCCACCUUCAUCUUCUCUACCCCACCCGGAGGGGACAAAGAGGCCUUGGCCCCCAGCUCACAUACCUGCCCGGAGUAACCCAGCAGUCUGUGACCGUGGUGAAAGCUGGGAGGUAGCUACCAUGCGCAUUUGGAGAGAAGAAAGUCACACGUGGGGUUUUUUAUUCAGUUGUUUGCAUACAGGUGGCUGGGGAGGGCGUGAUUUUGUUUGAAGGACAUGGGGCCUGCUUGAGUCUUACAAGGGUGCCCAGCGUUCAGCGGCACCUAGCAGCACCCUGUUUCUCCCGGGGCAGACAGAUCUUGGAUGGAUCCUAAGAAUCUUGGCUUUGUCUUCUGAGGAGAGUUAUCGGGAGCAGAGUUCUGGUAUAAGACACCAGGACCCCCAUAGUAUCCUCUGCAGGGUACCCAGUAAGAAGAGCACCUGAGAGUGGUACCAUAAGCUGGGAUUAUGGGGUCCACCAGACUUAGGCUCUUGGGGUAUUAUGCUGUCUCCAACAAGGUCGGAGGAGGGAGUGUGCGUCUACCCCUGCACAGGUCUCAGUAUGAACUACGUUCCUCCCUUCUCUAGGCUGUAGGAGCAGACCCAGGCAGAGGACCUACUCUAGAACCCUGUAGAAGCUCAGAACCCAGCAUGCUAAUCAAAAUUACCUCUGGUGGGGUUUGUUUGAUUUGUUUUGUUUUUUGAUUCCUAUUUCACAAAACAACCAAAUCUCCUCAAUUGUUUUCUGCCCCCAAAAGGGAAAUGGGCAAGUAGACAGGGCCAUAGUGAGGCCCGAGUCCCCUUCUCUCCCCCUUCAAGGCCUUGAUUGUCCAGGGUGCACCUCUCUGUAAUCCCUUUGGUCCCGCCUUCCAGGUAUCCCUUCCCACUGUGUAAGUGUGCUGACCCCAUGUCCCCUGCCCCAGAGUUGUGUGGCCCCUAGACUUGCUAGGAUGAAGCUGUGUAUUGUACACACCUAUAAAUACGUGUUUUAUGUUCAUAGA